AUGGCUGCUAUGAGAGCUCGUCAUAAAAUUCGAGCUCCCAAGAGGGGUGUCUCCAAAAAGACCGAAGACUUCGACUCGAUAUGGACGGACCUCUCGUCGUUUUUGACUGGCAUAAACACCAAAGAAUAUGCAUCUCUCGAAUAUGAAGAUAUCUACCGACUUGCCUACAAGAUCGUUUUGAUGAUGCGGGCCCCUGAUCUUUACGAGAACGUCAAACAACUGGAACAGAACUGGCUCCAGACCAGUGUUCAAGCCAUCGUCACAGAUUCCAUUUCCGCCAGUUUGAUACGUGCGGAAAAAUCAACAGAUGCCCAGGAUCAGUCGAGUGAGCGGAGGGAGGAGGGCGAGAAGUUCCUGACUGCCCUGAAGGUUGCCUGGGAAGACUAUCAGUUUGGUAUGGGCAUGGUCGCCGAUGUUCUCUUAUAUAUGGACCGUAUGGUGAGGAGCCAUGAUCACCCGCCCAUCUACGUCGUGUGCAUGUCACUAUUCCGAGAUCACAUCCUACGAUCCUCGAUCCGUCCCAGCUCUAACCUGACGGUUCUGGAUAUUCUCGAAUCUACCAUACUGUUUAUGAUCCAACUAGAAAGGUCUGGACACCUGAUUGAGCGGCCGCUCAUCCGGCAUUGCAUCCAAAUGUUGGAGGGUCUUUAUGAAACCCUAACUGAAGAGGAGAGCUCGAAGCUCUAUCUGACUGUCUUUGAACCUGCAUUCUUGAAUACAAGCAAAGAGUUCUACCGGGCAGAAGGCCAACGGUUGUUGGAGAUUGGGGACGCUACCACGUUUUGCCGACUCACAACCCAGCGGAUCAGCGAGGAGCAGGAGCGAUGCCGUUUCAUGCUAUCCACCGCCACAGAGCCGAAGGUCCUUGACCUGCUUGAUUCGGAGUUGAUCCGCGCCAAUAUCGAAGAAGUCGUCAAUCUCGAGGGGACCGGCGUGAGACACAUGCUGGAUCAUCAUCAGCUGGACGGACUACGAAAUGUAUACGUGCUCAAUAGACGAGUCGACAACAAGAAGUCGGCUCUGACAAAGGCAGUCCAGAAGCGGAUUGUGGAGAUGGGCAAAGAAGUCAAUGCUUCGUCCAUACUCCUCCCACAAGCCCCAGCCCCGGCUGAGAAGGACGACGAAAGCGAGAAGAAGCCCGAGAAAGCGAAGGACAAAGAGAAACCACAGAAUCAGCAAACGGUGGCAGCAAUUCGCUGGGUGGACGACGUUCUAGCUCUCAAAAAGAAGUUUGAUGACAUUCGGGCAAAUUCCUUCUCAUCUGACCAGGGGAUUCAGGCCUCGAUCGGUGCCAGCUUUGCGGAGUUCAUCAACUUGAACCCGCGAAACUCCGAGUACUUGUCGCUUUUCUUCGAUGAGAAUCUGAAGAAAGGCAUCAAAGGAAAGACAGAAAGUGAGGUGGAUGCUCUCUUGGACAAUGGAAUUACCCUGCUGCGGUACAUCAAGGACAAGGAUCUCUUCGAGUCUUACUACAAGAAACAUCUGUCACGCCGACUUCUGAUGAAGCGCUCUGCCAGCAUGGAUGCAGAGAGGCAGAUGAUUUCUAAAAUGAAGAUGGAGGUCGGUAACCAGUUUACUCAACGACUUGAGUCCAUGUUCAAGGACAUGACCAUUUCAGAAGACCUUACCGCCAAUUACAAGGAGUAUGUGGCGCGCAAUGGUGAUCCCGACCAGAAACCAGUGGACUUGGAGGUCAACGUUCUUACAAGUACCAUGUGGCCGAUGGAGAUCAUGUCGAACGUCAAAGAGGGCACAGUCCGAUUGCCCUGUAUCUUCCCACGGGAGAUCGAUGCCUUGAAACAAAGCUUCGAGCGCUUUUAUCUCGACAAGCACAGUGGUCGCAAACUGUCGUGGCAAGCUAACAUGGGCACUGGUGAUAUUCGCGCCACGUUCAUACGCCCUAAUGGCAAAGUACAGCGUUACGAACUCAACGUUUCAACCCACGCUUUGAUCAUUUUACUGCUCUUCAACGACGUCCCAGACGGCGAGUCUCUGACUUUUGACGAUAUCAAAAAUCGCACCCUGAUCCCUGACCACGACCUCAUCCGCAACCUGCAGUCGCUCGCCGUCGCGCCGAAAACUCGAGUCCUGAAGAAGAAUCCCAUGAGCAAGGAUGUGAAACCCACGGACGCUUUCUCUUUCAACCAUGAGUUCCACAGUCCGUUUGUGAAGGUACGCAUUGGCGUUGUCAGCGGCGGUGCCAAUAAGGUCGAGAACAAAGACCAGCGCAAGGACACGGAGAAGAAGAUGAACGACGAACGAAACGGCAGCAUCGAGGCUGCUAUCGUCCGCAUUAUGAAACAACGAAAGAAGCUCACUCACUCUCAACUAAUGACCGAGACGCUUUCCCAACUCUCCGCGCGCUUUGUUCCAGAUGUGAAUAUGAUCAAACGGCGCAUUGAGAGUUUGAUUGACCGCGAAUACCUCGAGCGAGUCUCCGAGGAACCGCCUACUUAUGGGUAUGUCGCGUAG